CGCAAGUCCUGCUGGACUGUCAGAAGGCGUGGAGCACAACGUUUGACGGCUGGGUGAUUGGUGGGGACUGUAGCAAGGCAAGCAGCGUCACAUGCGACUCCCAGGGCAUGAUCACGGAGAUAAUGAUCUCUGAUGCGAACUUAAACGGGACAAUCCCGGACUCCAUCAGCAACCUCCAAAGCCUUACCCACCUGAAUUUAUGGAACAGUAAACUGACUGGCCCAAUACCAGCUACUAUUGGCAACCUUCGAAAUCUGUCCAAAGU